AUGUGGCGGGCAGGUCUGGAUGCUCUGCCUUCUCGGGUGAAUUUGGUAAAAAGGAAGGUGCUGUGCGAUCCAGUCUGUCCUAACUGUGGUCUGGAGCAAGAGUCGAUCCUUCAUGCCCUUUGGUCUUGUCCGGCCUUAUCUGAGGUUUGGACAAUCCAUUUCGCGUGGCUAACCAGGAAAACCAGGUUCUGUUCCAAUUUCCUGGAUGUUAUUCAAGCUUGCCAUUCUAGGAGCAACCUCUUUGAUUUGUUUGCAAUCAUCACUUCGCUUUUAUGGACCUGCCGUAACAGAUUGCGAGUUAGCGAGACAACUAUUCUGCUGCAAAGAAUUAAUUCCCUGGCCCGUGACACUCUCCAAGAAUUCCAGGAUGAUAAUCCCCUCCCCCGUGGCCCUUCCUCUUCUCCCAUCCCUGUCAAGUGGUCUCUGCCUCCCAAAAACUGGGUGAAAGUCAACUUCGAUGGGGCUUUAUUUAAGGAGGUUGGCUCUGUUGGGUUGGGAGUAAUUAUUAGAAACGACCUUGGUCUAGCAAUGGCUGCCUCGUCACAAAUCAUUCCACUGCCUACCUCGGUAGAGAUGGUGGAAGUACUGGCAGCCCGCAAUGCCAUCUGUUUAGCUAGGGAGCUUCAGUUUGCCAAAGUGAUAGUUGAAGGUGACUUUGAAGUGGUGAUAAAGUCUCUAAAUAGCACAAGCUACUCCUCCACCAGCUUUGGACAUAUCGUUCGAGACAUCAAAAUUGCAUUUGCAGCUUUCAGUGAAGUGAUUUUUUGUCACACUCGCAGACAAGGCGACAAAGUAGCCCAUUUGAUUGCUAGGUGA